AUGAUGACUUUAAACCACACUGGUGUUAGCCACACAGUCUUCCGCUUGCUGGGCAUCCCUGGCCUUGAGGACCAGCACAUAUGGAUCUCCAUCCCCUUCUUCAUUUCCUAUGCUAUUGCCCUCUUUGGAAACAGUCUAGUCAUCUACAUUAUCCUCACAAAGCGCAACCUUCAUGAACCCAUGUACCUCUUCCUCUGCAUGCUGUCUGGAGCAGACAUUGUCCUCUCUACGUGCACAGUCCCUCAGGCCUUGGCUAUCUUCUGGUUCCAUGCUGGGGAGAUCUCCCUGGAUCGCUGCAUCACUCAGUUCUUCAUCUCACACAGCACUUUCAUGUCUGAGUCAGGGAUCUUGCUGGUGAUGGCAUUUGACCGCUACAUUGCCAUAUGCUUUCCACUGAGAUACACCACUAUUCUUACACACACACUGAUUGGGAAAAUAGGAAUUACCAUCUUUCUGAGAAGUUAUUGUACCAUUUUUCCCAUAGUAUUCCUUUUGAAAAGAUUGAAUUUCUGCAAAAAUAAUAUCAUACCCCACACCUUUUGUGAACACAUUGGUUUGGCCAAAUAUGCUUGUAAUGACAUUCGGGUGAACAUCUGGUAUGGACUCUUUGUCCUAAUGUCAACAGUGGUUUUAGACGCCCUGCUAAUAUUUGUUUCCUAUGUGCUGAUUCUCCAUGCUGUCUUCCACAUGUCUUCCCAAGACUCUCGCCACAAGGCUCUCAACACGUGUGGCUCUCAUGUCUGCAUCAUCAUUCUCUUUUAUGGACCUGCCUUCUUCACGAUCCUGACUCAGAGGUUUGGUCGUCACAUUCCACCUCAUAUUCACAUCUUGUUGGCUAAUGUCUGCGUUCUGGCUCCACCUAUGCUGAACCCUAUCAUUUACGGGAUCAAGACCAAGCAAAUCCGGGAGCAGAUGGCUCACAUAUUUUUUCCAAAGCAGAAGUAA